UGCCUCACCAUCCCUGGGUCUGGGAGAGGCUUGCAGUUGAGUGGUAUUUACUGGACCUUUCAUUUUCGUCUUCGUCAUCAGGUUUGGUGUGUCGCUGAUUGCCUUUUCAAGGGCAGGAAGCCUCCAAGACAUUCCAGUGCAUCGUUUCAACGUAAAUAGUGAAAGUGUUGGGCAGAUUGUGAAGGCUGAUGAGUGAUGAUGGCCGCGACCCACUGUGCGUGAGUGCUAGCCACGUAUAUACAAACUUCCAAAGGCCUUCAUAAACACAUCUACCUCUAGUACAGGCGCCAUGCGUCCAUUUAACUUAAAAAUGAAUACGUAUCGGCAUAUGGUGUGGGAAGCAAUGGGGUGUUGAGAGUAAGGAGGUCGGGACCAGUCAGUGCCUCCUCCCCUCACGCCCGGGGGGGGGGGAGGGUGUGUAGGUGAAGAUGAGUGAACACACUGGUUUUAAGUAGUCAUAUUACUCACACCUUUCAUGGUAUGCAUGGGAAAUAAAUGUCGUGUUUAUGGUAAUCAGGACAGUGUGAAUCUUAACCUAACAUUGUCAAACCUGUGUAAAAAAAAAAAAAAAACAGCGCAAUCCGUGUAUUGGGAAGUGCCCCUCACCCCACUCCCCGGACAUGCCCGUGUGUAGUGUACAGUGACCCUACCCCCACCUACCAUAACCCCCUUACCCUGAGGAGAGCCAGGAGUUUUACCUUUCAACUCCCCCGCCUGACCCACCCAACUCCCAGCGACACCCCAACUGUAGAUUGUACUUUUCCCCUCCCAGCCUCAAGCCCCAGCAGGCAACCCCCCUUCCCCUCCAAUGCCCACGAUGUCAGCGAUUUCGUAAGAUGAGCUGGGUUACCAGGAACUACCACUACAGAGCUAGUCCCGUGGAAUUCGAUUGCGAGGCAACUGUCAGGUGUACCACAAAGAGUGUGCACUCAAUCCCUCAAAUUUCAGCAUCUGUGCACACAGUGCAUGCCUAGGCUCCCGGAGAGCCCCAAGUGGGAACAACCAACCGCCCCUCCUUGCAGACAGAGCUGACAGUUACAGCUACUUCACCUCUACAGAGGACCUGGGAUCUGCAAUUAAAUUACCGUCUACCAGGACGCUGACAUAUCCCCAAAGCAGUUCUUCAGAGCUGCUAGCAAAUUCGCUGACCUCUUGUGGAGGCACUCCUGUUGCUGACCGAAGUGUGCUGGACCUCCGUCUUCAUCCUCACCAACAGGGUUGAUACGUCGCUGGCUACCUUCCAAAGGGUAGGGAGUCUCCCUCUGUACUCCUGUUGUUGACUGAAGCCUCCACACCUCAGCCUGAGUGUGUCGUUUGCACGCCAUACAGAUAGGGUUGCCUCUCGUCGCCGCUCAGGGUAUACACAGUGCUCCAUCGGCGACAGCUCACCUCUUCAUUUCAAGUGUCUAGAUGCCUCCUGCGACACGCCUCUACAGAAAACUUUAAGAGAAGCUGCAGGGACUCGUUGAAGAUGUUGCUGAUUAUAGCAGUGGUUCUUCUCUUCUACUUCCUCUACAUAAACUCUUGCAAGCCACGAGGUUAUCCACCAGGUCCAGUGCGGCUUCCUUUGGUUGGAUUUCUACCAUAUAUAAAAAAAGAAUGCUUCCACAAGCAAGCGACACAACUUUCCUCCACCUAUGGCAACGUUAUUGGACUGUACUUUGGCACCAAAGCAAACGUUGUGGUCAACGGCUGGGACGCCGUCAAGGAUUCACUUCUCAAUGACCAACUUAAUGGACGACCUGAAAAUUUAAUUUAUAAUAUAAUUUUUGAUGGUAAACAGAGAGGAAUGCUGUAUGUGGAGAAGGACUUUUUUAAGGAACAGAGGCGAUUCACGCUCCAUCAGUUCCGUAAUCUUGGGUUUGGGAAACAAUCCAGCAAGGAGGUUAUCCACGAGGAAGUCAACGAUCUUAUCAAGGAGAUCCAGGAGACGGAAGGUAGCAUCUUAAUCAAGGACGUAGUGGGUGUGUCAGCUAUCAACAUCCUGUGGGCGCUGAUGGGAGGCAAAAGAUUCAGCAGGAGUGACGACAGACUUCUUCACUUGGUCAAAGUAGUCAACGACUUGUUUAGUUCUGGAGAUUUAUCACGAGGCAUCGUAUCCAUUCUGCCAGGUCUACGACAUAUCCUGCCCGAGUCCUCUUCCUUCAAACUUUAUCUACGCAGCAACCAACGUGUCUUCAAUUUUAUAAGAGUCUGUGUUUUAUUUGUUUCUUUGAAUAUAUUUUACAUUUGUCAUGUAAGAACAAAACUGUGGAAGGAGCACAAGGAGACUUUCGACCCAGAUAAUCUAAGAGACUUUAUUGACAUCUACAUCAACGAAGUUAUAAAAAGAAAAAACACAGCAGACACAACAUUUACAGGUACGUGUCCUAUAAUAUUUUGUUGCUACAGUUUGGUGUACACGAAUGCCACGCUGAUGGAGACGUUCCGCUUUAGGUGUCCAACACCAAUAACUGUACCUCAUAGGGCCCUCACAGACACCGAAUUGCAGGGUCACAGGAUCCCAGCCGGGACAGUGGUGCUUAACAACAUCUACAGUGUCCACGUUGAUCCAGAGUACUGGGGUGAUCCACAUACUUUCCGCCCAGAGCGGUUCAUCAACCCCGACGGAUCGCUGCGUGUGGACGAGCGCCUCAUUCCCUUCGGCAAAGGAAAUCGAUCGUGUUUAGGAGAAUCACUGGCCAGGAUGGAAACGUUCCUGUUAUUCUCAUCGCUCAUGCAUCACUUCACCUUCACUCUUGACCCCACAGUCCCUGUCUCAGACACAGAAGGCAAGAUGGGCCUCACACUCGCACCUCCACAGUUCAGAGUCUUCGCCAAAGCCAGGGUGUAAUGUUCAGAUUC